AUGGCCAAACGAGGUGCCGAGGAGCAGAUCACGAAGGAUAAUUUGAAUCUCCAAGAUAAUGAUUCAGAUGAAGUACAUGGACCAUCGUAUGCAAGUGCUGAUGUAAUUGCCAAAAGACGAAUUUUGAAACCUAAGGGCAAGUCUCUCUCAGGUUCCAAGAGUAGCCCUCAAUUCCACUUCUCUGCAACAAGCAAAAACGCUACUAUUUCUUCGAGUGUCGAUGUGGUUAAGAAUCUGAAAUUGAAAGCUCUCAACCUCAGGUUUGUUGAGGCAGUCAAAUCUACUGAGGGAGGUCAACUUGCGGAUUACAGGUCAAUUGCUCACAAGUACAUUGAGUACUACUCUUCCAUUGAAACUGGAGAAAGCUCCUCUUUGAUUUCCACUUCUUCUACCCUCAAGACCAAGGAAGCAAGUGCAGCUGAUAAAAUCGAGACAGAGAAGAAGAAUCCAUUUGCCAACAUCUCAUUUGGCAAACCAGCCAUUGCCCCGAAACAAGUCCAGACAAGCGAGAAGAAUGUUUCCGUCGAUAGUGAUGGCGAUAGUGACACUGAGGAUGAAAAGAAAAAAAUUCGGAUAGAGGGCCCGAAGUUCACCUUGACGUCUAAACCUACCAUCAAGAAGUCACCAUUCUCGUUUGGUCCCAAACCUGCCAAGAAAGUUAAUGAUGACUCUUCGGACUCUGAAAUUGAAAUCAAAGGGCCCUCAUUCACUUUUAACAAAGUGAUUAAAGACCCGGUAUUCAAUGUAAAAUCUGAAUCAACUGGUCAGGCGCAAGAUGCAAACGUUGAAAAGAUUGACUCAACUAAGAAAAACGAGACAGAGGAUCAGGCUUCACGUUCAACUAAAAGCACAUUUUCUUUUGGAAGUAAGAUGGAGUCUACUUCUAACACUCCAACGUUCCAGUUUGGCUCUACAGCACAAUCUAAAGACAAGCCUUCUGAGGAGCCUCCAUUCCAGUUUGGGAAAACAAAUGCAGAAUCGGCUCAGUCGAAUCCUUCGUUUCAAUUCGGAAACAAGGAUAGUCAAUCAAAUGAUUCAAAACCUAUUUUUCAAUUUGGAUCAUCAAAUGCUCCGCUGAGCAGUACUCAGCCAAAGCAGGCAAAGCAAGCAUUUCUGUUUGGUUCCAUUGGAACGGGUGCCCUAGUGGGCUCGUCAUCCACUCUGCUCGGACAAUCAUCUCAAACUAUGCCUUUAUCGACCUUACCUUUUGGUGGUCGUGGGAACGAGAAUUCUGACAAGCCUGCUCUUGGCUCCAGUUCGGGGUCGGCUUCUACUCUGUUCUUUGGUACUUCCAACAACUCCGUGCCGUUUGGUUCUAAAAUAGCCUCGACCUCCUCCCUCGGGCAAAAUAAUACAGGCUCCUCGACUCCUUCAUUUGUGACUGGUGCACAAACUGACAAUAUUUUGGAUGUGUCGAAAGGUGCUGACUUGGUGGCAGAGGAAGAUUCUGGAGCUCAAUUUACACCUGUUGCAUCUCUUGGAACGGAAAAGGUUGAUACCUCCAAUAGCGGAGAGGAGGGCGAGCAGAUUUUGUUCCAACGCAAAAGUAAAUUGAUGCUACUCGAUGUUCAGAAUAAAGAGAACCCAUAUACGAAUAUGGGUAUUGGCGAAUUAAAAGUAUUGAAAGGUGAAAAUGGUAAGAGCCGAAUUUUAAUGAGAGCAGAUGGUGGAUUGAGAGUUCUUCUUAAUGUCUCUUUGUUGAAGGACAUUACGUACACAACAAUUGGAAAUGGAUCUCUUGUUCGCGUUCCUGCUGUUGGCGACAAUGGGGUACUCCUGACGUAUGUGCUAAAGGUAAAAACUCCCAUCGACGGAAAAGAACUAUGUGAUACCUUGAAUAAGGCUAAUAACGUUUCCGCUCCUGAAUAA